AUGACUAUUUGGUGCGCUCUUGUAGCUUUAUUCCAGGUCUGCUACAGCUAUAUUCGAGUUAGCUACUUCUUUUUUGGAACUUCACGGGCUACAAUCAUCGCCUUUGCUUUUACUGUCCUUUUCCAAGUAAUAAAUAUUUUCUCCAGUAUUUUCAUCGUGUUGAAGUAUAAAAAAUUCUUAUACCAUCAUAAUGACGAACAAAGGCGUGAAUCAAUCGUAACUCACCCAUUGGCUAGUAAGGCAAACAGUAUCAGCUGUUUACUAGGAGGAACUUGCUCAUUGCUUAUUGGAGUAUUUACAAUCAUAUUUUUUUAUGGAAUUUAUGGUUCACCAAACUGCUACCUCGGCAUUUGUACACUUACGGUUGGAGCGCUAGGAAUGUUUGCUCAAAGAUGCCAUAAUCUACCUGCUCUGGAUCUUAUUAUCAUGUUUAUUUGUCGUUUUGGCAUCUUAAUAGCAAUAACCAAUAUGGGUUUUGCUACGUACUACUUUCACUUCAUCUUCACUUUCCAUGGAUUGGAAUAUCUCAUUGUCGGCAACCUUGUCGCUUAUCUUUUCACGAUGGCUUUCUCAAUCUUUAAUUUAAUUUGUACAACCCUAAUGUGUUACUCAGCGAGCUCAGAGAACAGAACAGUCGGCCUAUUAACGAUAACAUUGCGCUCACCAGCAGUAAGCACUAUAGCAAAAGUUGGCUAUUUCAGCGGAAUAGGACAAUUCAUUUGCUCAGCAAGUAUCUUCGCUUGUACAAUUGCCGCUUGCGUUAUUUGGCGUGGUGAUACAUUCGCCAGUUUAGCUUUGAUAGCGGCAAUUUUGGUUUUACUUUCUGCACAACUUGGAAAUCAUCUAGCUCUGGAUCAAUCGGAGGACUUUAUAUUCAUCUAUUUUAUGUCGAAUAUAAGUGGAAGCGUUUGCUGCGUAAACGCAUUUGGAUUAGCAAUUUAUGAAAUUGUCGCUUUACAAUUAUCCCACUACAAUCACAACGUCUUCAUAUUAUUUAUAUUCAUCAUCUUGAUACUAGCAGUAGCUAUUGCUCUACAUUUGAACAGCUUUGUGAUAACGGGACGCGAGUUGAAAAUAUUCAGCGGCCGUGUAUCUAAUUACCGUGGACAACUACUUAACAACAAUGACAACGAUAACGAUUCCAAUGAAAGUUCAGAAUCUGGUUUGGCUCCUAAUACGGCAGUUAACGCAUGA